AUGUUGUGCAGGUAGCCCAAGCAACUCAACGUGGCCUUUCUAUAUGAUUGGCCCAUCGACCAUCUGCAUCAACAAGGUCCAAGACCAAUAAGCCCUUAAACCCUCAAAACCCUAAAACCUAGAACCUUCGUCUAUCCCAAUCGCAGCACUUCAUAUAUUUUAAGAGCAACCUCCGCCUCUAUCUCUCCCUCAAACCCCAAAUCCCAGUAACCUCCACAACUCUCAGAACCACCGCAACCGCAAAAUGGCCAAGCGUCUGAUCCCAACUCUCAACCGUGUCCUGAUCGAGAAAAUCGUCCCACCCUCCAAAACUACCGCCGGCAUUCUCUUGCCGGAGUCAUCCGCCAAGCUUAACUCAGGGAAGGUGGUUGCUGUUGGGCCAGGAACGAUAGAUAAGGCUGGAAAUUCGAUCCCAGUGGCUGUGAAGGAAGGUGACACUGUUCUUUUGCCCGAUUAUGGAGGCACCCAAGUGAAGCUUGGUGACAAAGAGUUCCAUUUGUUCCGGGAUGAGGACAUUUUGGGCACUCUCCAUGACUGAGUUAUUGGUAUUAUGUUUUCGAGCAUUAUGAUGUAACUGAUAUUUAGUGAAUUGGAAUUUAUGUGGAUUUUAGUUUGCUUUGGGAAUGUGAUAAUUUCCAGUUUCUAAUGGAUUUCGAUUCAGAAUAUGAAUUAUGAGCAGACUUUUUUUUGUAUCUUAUUUGUGGAAUGUCGUUGAACUUGCUAUUGGUUCUAAAUUCACUGCAUUCACC